UUUACGUACCUUCUCACUACUUCGAUUACUCUACAUCUCCCUUUCUAUUACUCUACAUCUCCCUUUCUAUUACUCUAUAUCUCCCUUUCUAUUACUCUAUAUCUCCCUUUCUAUUACUUACCACACAACGAUGGCUUCAUCAUCAACAAACGAUGAUUUAGAUAAUGUGUAUGAUGAUUAUCUAGAUGACAUACUCGAUGAGAAAUGCGACAAUAUGUUCGACGCCUUUAUAGCUCGCCGGGAAGCCAAAAAAAAGAAGAAGAAACGAGCUUAUAUUGAGAGAGAACGUGAAUUGGGUCAUAACCAGCUAUGGAAUGACUAUUUUACUGAAGAUGCUACAUAUCCGUCAAUUGUCUUCCGUCGUCGUUUCAGAAUGAACAAACCAUUGUUCAUGCGGAUUGUGGAUCGUCUAUCUCAAGAAGUUCCAUAUUUUCAACAAAGACGAAAUGCUACCGGACGGUUAGGUCUCUCUGCUCUCCAGAAGUGUACGACCGCUAUACGUAUGAUGGCUUAUGGCUGUGCAGCAGACGCGGUUGACGAAUAUCUCCGUUUAGGUGAAUCUACUGCCAUUUUAUGUCUUGAAAAUUUCACUCAUGGAAUCAUACAAUUAUUUGGCGAUGAGUACCUACGGAGACCCACACCAGAAGAUCUCCAACGAUUACUGGAUGAAGGAGAGUCACGCGGUUUUCCCGGAAUGAUAGGGAGCAUUGAUUGCAUGCAUUGGGAAUGGAAGAAUUGCCAUACCGCUUGGAAAGGGCAAUAUACACGCGGAUCGGGGAAACCAACUAUCGUCUUAGAGGCGGUUGCAUCACACGAUCUCUGGAUAUGGCACGCUUUUUUUGGUCCCCCAGGUACUUUAAACGAUAUUAACGUUCUUGACCGUUCACCUGUUUUUGAUGACAUAUUACAUGGCCGUGCUCCAAAAGUGAGGUAUUCCGUCAAUGGACACCAAUACAAGUUGCCUUAUUACCUCACUGACGGGAUCUAUCCAAAAUGGACAACGUUCAUACAAUCCAUUCGUCUUCCACAAGAACCGAAACAUCGAAUGUUUGCUAAAAUGCAAGAAUCCGUUCGAAAGGAUGUCGAGCGUGCUUUCGGAGUCUUGCAAGCUCGUUUUGCUAUUAUUAAAAAUCCAGCUCUGAUGUGGGAUAAAGAAAAGAUUGGGAAGAUUAUGAGAGCAGCCGUCAUCUUGCACAAUAUGAUUGUAGAAGAUGAACGAGGUUCCUACAGUCUGUGUGAUAUAUCACAAUUCCAACAAGUAGAUGGAAGCAGAGCCUCACACGUGGAUAUGUCGUAUUCCAGAAAUAUGCCUACAAACCUGACUAAUAUGAUCGGCAUUCGGAAUGAAGUACGAGACAACCAAAUACAUGACCGAUUGAAAGCGGACCUUAUUGAACAUAUAUGGAACAAAUUUGGUCAUACAUUCAGUUACGAUGACUAAC